CGCGCGAUAGGGAGAGAGAAAGAGAGACGAAGAGGGAGAGAGAGAGAGAGAAGAGAUCUACGUUAGGGUUUUCUUGAAAUCCCAGAAAUUUUGAAUAAAAGGUCAGUUGAGCGCGUUAUCCACGAAUAUCUACUGUUUUUGUCUGUUUGAUUUGUUAUUUUGAGCUUUAAUCGCAAAGAAGAAAUUGAAACAGGGAAAAAAACAAAACGAAUGAUGAAUUCGGUGAGAUUGAUUUGGUAUUUGAGUAUUGUGUGUGAGAAAGAGGUGUGCCUCUUCUUGUUAUCAUGUGCAGGGAGCGAGUGCGAGAGAUUUGGGGAGAGUGAGCGUGGGUCUUUGAGCGAGCGAGCGAGCGAGCGAGCGAGGAAGAAGAGGAGGAGAGAGUGAUAUACUUUUUCACUUUUAGGGUUCAAUUUCUCUGCGUUACCUGCGCCAAUUCAUCAUGGAUCGGAAGUUGGUGGUUCUUGGUAUUCCAUGGGACGUCGAUACAGAAGGGCUGAGAGACUACAUGAGCAAAUUUGGGGAGUUGGAGGAUUGUAUUGUCAUGAAGGAGAGGUCAACUGGUCGUUCUCGUGGUUUUGGAUAUGUGACAUUUGCAACCGAUGAAGAUGCUAAGAAUGCACUAUCAAGUGAGCACUUUCUUGGCAACAGAAUGAUGGAAGUUAAAGUUGCCACACCUAAGGAGGAGAUGAGAGCACCUCCAAAGAGAGUCACUAGGAUUUUUGUAGCAAGGAUCUCACAAUCUGUGACUGAGGCUGCCUUCCGCAGUCAUUUUGAGAAAUAUGGAGAGAUAACAGAUCUUUACAUGCCAAAGGACCAGGGAUCAAAAACCCAUCGUGGAAUAGGUUUCAUCACUUUUGCAAGUUCAGAUUCUGUGGAAAAUUUGAUGGCUGAUACUCAUGAAUUGGGAGGUUCUACUGUGGUUGUUGAUAGAGCGACCCCUAAGGAUGAUGAUUUCAGGCCCAUAGGGAAAAUGCCGCAGGGGGGUGGUGGGGGUGGAUACGGUGCAUACAAUGCUUAUAUUUCUGCCGCAACAAGAUAUGCAGCACUUGGUGCUCCUACCUUAUAUGACCAUCCGGGCUCAGUUUAUGGGAGAAGGGAAAUUCGAGGGAUGGGGAAAAAGAUUUUUGUUGGUAGGCUCCCACAAGAAGCAUCUGCUGAUGAUCUCCGACAAUACUUUGGUAGAUUUGGCCGUAUAUUGGAUGUCUAUGUUCCGAAGGAUCCUAAAAGAUCUGGUCAUCGAGGUUUUGGUUUCGUAACUUUUGCUGAAGAUGGUGUAGCAGAUCGUGUAUCUCGAAGAUCUCAUGAGAUUUGUGGACAACAGGUUGCUAUUGAUUCAGCCACUCCUCUUGAUGAUGCUGGAGCUGGAGCUGGAGCAGCUGGAGCAAGUGGAACUUUUAUGAUGAAUAGCGCCGCAGAAUCUUUUGGCGGCUAUGUGGGACCUAUGAGGACUUAUGGACGGAUGUAUGGAAGCCUGGACUUCGAUGAUUGGGGUUAUGGAAUUGGUGGUGGAAGACCAUCUAGAGCAGACUGGAGGUAUCGGCCAUACUAAAGAGAGACAUUCAGCCUUGAAGUAGUGAUGGGUUGAUAAAUCAACAGAAAUGAACUGCCCUAUUUAUGAGGAGAUAUUCGGAGUUUUGGCCUUUGUAGAGUCAAUAUCUUUGGAUGUGUGUUUUAUUGCAUUCUUUCCUUUCUUUUUUUCCCUAACUGAAACAUGUUGGGUUUGGGUCGGGGUUCGAAGGGUAGGUUGGUUUAUGUACCCUUGGUUAGAAGUUAUUAGUUAGUAGUGUAUUCUUCUCUAACUCUGCUUUAAGAAAUUCCAUUUUACGAUUUUUUUUUAAGGAUGGUUUGGUUUUCCACGGACAAUUAAUUAGAUUCCAAUGUCACAGAAUAGUGAUUACUGAUCA